GUUUGCGAAGAUUUGUGUUGUAGCGGAGGCAGUUUUACUGCUACCACUGGUCCGGUGGUUAAUCCACACAAUAAGACGAGAAUGUGUGCAGGGUCAUCAUGAGGUUCUGCAGCUUUGGUGGCUGGAGGUCAAGUUGACAUGGCAACCGGUGGAGACCAAGGAGGUUCCAUAAGGAUCCCCGCUGCGUGUUGCAGCAUUGUGGGUCUGAAACCCACAUACGGAUUAGUUCCAUAUACGGGCAUUAUGCUGAUAGAGUUUACUUUGGAUCAUACUGGACCAAUGGCCAGGACUGUGUAUGAUACAGCUCUGAUGUUGGAGGCUAUAGCUGGAUAUGACGGAGGACUGGACCCUAGACAGCCACGAGAUCUCAAAGUGCCUGAGUAUACUUUGGGGCUCACAGGAAAAAUACACAACUUGAAAAUAGGAAUCUUGAAAGAAGGCUUUGGAUUGAAGACCUCCGAAGCGGAUGUUGAUAAGACGGUCAGAGAGGCCGCUGAACAGUUGGGUACUGCAGGUGGCGCAACUGUCGAAGAAGUGUCUGUCCCGAUGCAUUCUGACGGUGUUCGAAUCUUUGCCAUUCGACAUAUUGGAGGUGAUCGAAUGAUGUUUGAAGGAGCUGGGGCUGGAACUGCCGUAAGGAUGUAUUACGACACCACUCUGCAGGAAGCCUUUUCACGAGGUCUAAAAUGCCACUCGAAUGACCUGUCAAAGAGAGGCAAACUCAUUCGGCUGAUCGCGAAGUAUUUGCACGAGGAUUACCACGGUAUCUUGUACGGAAAAGCACAGAACCUCGGUCGAGAGCUUUGCAAGGCGUAUGAUGCGGCACUUUAAAAAUACGAUGUGUUGAUUCUGCCCACCAUCCCCAAGAAGGCACCAGUUUUCCCGCAGGAAAAGCCUCCUCUAAAAGAAUAUUUGGCAAGGGCUUCUGGGAGUGCUCCAAACACGUCACCAACUAAUGUCACGGGUCACCCAGCUCUAUCCAUCAACGUCGGCUUCAGUGAUGGCUUACCAGUUGGUAUGAUGAUUGUAGGGAGAAAGUUUGACGAGAUCACUGUUCUGAAUGUCGCAUACGCUUACGAGAAGAUCAGAGAUGCGGAAAAAUAAGAUUACAAGAUGUCUAUAAAUAGACUCAGAACUACGAGAUUUUUUUCACUCUUGAAAAUUCUUGACUGACAUUGUCGCACCAAAAUCUUGUUCGGUAAUCUCUUAUUGUUCAUUUCAGUUGGAAGAUAAUACGACUUCAGAAUCAGUUUGGAGGGACAACUUCUAUGAAAUAUAUUUAAUUUCCUUCUACUAGAGAGAAGUUCUAAAGUUCCUAGAAUUUUUUAAUAUAUCAGCAGUGCGCAAAAAGGUAAAAUAUUUCUGCUAAGAUUGGUGCUAAUAUACUUAUUUUAACACCAGUAAAUUUUUCGAUUCAUUUUGCGUUACGUCAUCCAGGGGUUCUGAAAGGAGAUUGAUAUCAAUGGUUUGUUUGAGGAGUAGCUCAAGUGUAUCAAGAACUGUCUUGAAGACUGGGGGAAAAAAUAGUCACAUAUUAAGAGGUCAAAAAAAACUGAAAAAGGCUUUCCAGAAAACUAUUUUUGCCCAAAACUACCUCUAAAUGAUAUUGAGCCAAUGUUACUCAAAGUGCGGAAAAGUGCUAAAAAUGCAAACCAGAGCUCUAAUAAAAAUGCUCAAAAGGUGCUCGACUUCAUCAGAAAUGGCUUUAGCAAGCAAAAUAAAGUAGGUACAUUUCGCUGA